AAAAAGGUUAAUACAAUACACCAUAAUAUAAUACGGAUAUAAAAAAACCCGUACUAGAAAGGGAUAUAUGUUUCUAAUUAAAGGCGUAUUAUAUAUACACUUAAAUCUGGGGAGGCUUGUCUACAGUAGCUUUUCCAUUCACCUUCCGCCAUCUGCUGCUUCUUCGACCCUUCCGAGUGUCUCCCACCGCCGUCGACUUCCAAUCAAAGACGACCAUUCUUCCCCAGCACCAUCUAUCUUCCAAAUUACUAGAUUAACCUAACCGUCUUUGUUCUUUACAGUUCAGAGCCAAAACCCUGUCACCACCACCGCCCUAUACGUUGUUGCUCUCCGAUUAUAGGAUAUCUUUCCAACUACGAAGCCUCCACAAACGCAACCGCGACUCCAUUAUCGUCUACUUCUUCCCAACGCCCAUUCUUUGGUUAAGCCCUAAAUACAUUCCACCGCUUACUGCUUCGUCUUCCUCCUCAAUCAAAUUGAGAGCCGCUGGUGUCGUAGAAAGACAAUCCUCCACCGCCUGUGUCAUCAAACUCAGAGCCGCCAGUGUCGUAGAAAGAGAAUCCACCACUGCCAUGUCGCCACCUUUAAAGGCUUCCGGUUCGUCUUCGUCGCCAAUUCGAAAUCGUGUUCUUAGGCCACUCGAAAGGCACUCAUUGUCGAUGAAAUCAAAAUGUGAAAUCAUGUUCUUAGGUCACUGGAAAAGCACUCAAGCUCGAUGAAAUCAUCAAUUACGUUCAGUCACUACAAGGUCAAGUUGAGAUAUUUGAGAAGCUUUUUUUCACCUUUCUACUUUGAAUAUCAUUCGCCUUAAGCCGCCUCCGACUCCGACUCCGUCGAUCACCUCACUCACGAGUCACGUCCCUCCAGCAAGUUUCGUCUUCGUCUACAUGUGUUCUGCAACUCAAUCCAACUUAUUUGUAACCAAUCUUUAAUUUCGUUAAGAUUGGUUUACUUUUCUGCUGAAUUGCAGUUGCUUCCAAUUUCCAUCAAUGGCAUCUCAAGCCGACUCAUCUCUGCAAGCCAUCUGUUAUCACCGUGGCUCACUUUAACUACUUGAUCAGAGAAAACUUCCUCUUGAUACGAUCUAUUUGGAGAUUCGAGAUGCUGCUGAAGUGUAGUGUUUCCUCAGAACUUUUUCCUGAUUUGUUCUACUGUUUCACAGUUGUCCAACAGCUGUGAAUCUUUCAGAUGCUGCAACUAAACUUACAGAGAUUGUAACGAACUCUGCUGCAACUGCUACAGAUGUUAAUCAAGCGUUCCUUGCAAUUCCUCUCUCUCCUUGUAAUUCAUAUCAUGUAUUCAUGUUUGAUUUAGUUGCUUUUUGUUCUUUGCUUUUUCAGGCUUACAUUGAAGUUGCUGAAGUAAUGUUGGAAGAUGAUGUUGCUUCCAAUAAAGCAAUCGGGUCAUAUGGAUCUUCUUUCAUUCAAAUUCAACAAAAGGAAUCUAAGAAAUUUCCUGUUUUGACACAUUGUAAUACUGCCAGUCUUGCAACAGCUGAAUUUGGAACUGCUCUUGGAGUAAUCCGUGCACUACAUGAUGAUAGAGUACUAGGAAGAGCUUAUUGUACAGAAACCCGUCCAUUUAACCAAGGAUCAAGAUUGACAGCUUAUAAAUUAGUUCAUGACAAAAUACCCGCGACUCUUAUAGGAGAUUAUGCAGCUGCUGCUUUAAUGAAAACUAGAUCUAUCCAUGCUAUCAUUGUUGGAGCUGAUCGUGUUACUGCUAAUGGUGUUAAAGAGAAGUUAAAGAAACAGAUUAAAGAAGUGGAACUUGCACAAUCGAAAGAAGUGUCAUUACACUGGUAUGGCAUGGCAGAGAGUGUUCAAGUUAUUGGUGGAAUCUAUGUGUCCUUCAGCCACUUGGGUGAGAUAAGGACAUUUGGCAUGUUACAUUCAAGAUUUAAAUGGGUUACUUCAGCUCUCUGCGAACACCUUGUGCCAAUGCAAAAAAGAGGAGCCUAAAAGAUAUCAUGGAGAUUAUCGCACAAGAUGUUAUGAAUGAUGGUCACAAGUGGUGAGGCUUUGUUUGCUUUUGACUAUCAAGAAUCUGCAAUUAAUGUGCCUAGAAAUUUGAAGUAUCACCUUAUAUAUGAGAAUAUCAAAUCCCCCAACUGUCGGUAACAUGGUCUCAUAUAGGUUAGUAAUUUUCCAACUAUUCACUUAUUUCAUUCAUCAUUGUCCUUAAGAUUAGAUUUUGUUGGUUGUGUAAACAGGACAGUGUUUUGACUCCAUAUGUUCUCUAUUCAUAAGAAGGAAAAUAAAGAUGAAAUUUCAAUUAUAUUUUACCUCUAGAAGUUAGAAAAUAUAUCCAGGUGUCUAUUGAUAUUA